AUGCAUGCGACAUCACCAGUCGAGUAUCGCACACAUCGUAUUAAGAAAACUUUCACAAUCAUAGGUUUGAUCAUCUUCAUUCUCUCCUUAGCAUUUCCCGCAUAUCUUAUAAAAGUCAGCGUGACAAAUCCUAUCAAUACAAUUGUGAAAACAAAUGUUACUGAAAAUCAUUCUCAAACGGCUCAUGUUGCUACGCCUAGUUUGACAACAUAUUCGCAAUUGCAAACAUCUUAUCCAGAAACAGUUCACUGUUCAUGUACUCAAACAUCAAUUAGCUAUUCAAGUUUUCUUGGUAUUAGACACAAACUUCAUGAGAUUUGCAGCAGUGAAUUUAUUUCUCAAGAAUGGAUUUCUUAUCUUUCAUCUAACCAAUUUCCAGUUUUAUCCAAUGAUUUUCGAGCAAUAAGUCCAAUGUUAUUUAAAGCAUUACGUUCACUUUGUGAAGUCAGUCAACAGAUGGUUCAUCACAAUAUAAUGCAGUUUUUAUCUAAUGAAUAUGUAUCCACAAGUGUCACACCUGCGAAUUUAUUCCAUGUACAAAUACAAACACGACUCGAUCAACUUCGAUCCGCAAUGUCUGAGAGUUUUUCGUUAACAUUUUCAAUGAUUCGUGAAACAAUUCAAGCCAAUGCUUUAUUUUCUGGUUUAGGAACAAAUUUCCAGUUGUCAGUAGAGAAUAACAAUGUAUCCACCGUUCCACUCUUGUAUAACGGAUGUAGUUGUGCAUUGUCAUCGAAAUGUAUUACUCCAGCUGCGAUCUAUAAUUCUACAAAUAGCGAGAUUUUAUUCGUAGUACCGGGUUUUUACAAGGGUUGUUAUGUUAUGGAAUCAUUACUUCAAUCGGACCUUCGAUGUUUCUAUAAUCAAACUUGUUUAGAUAAGUUAUCAAGUUAUUACAGUUUACCAACAAAAUUUCAUGUGUUAAACGAAGCAAAUUUAAAUAUGUUUUCUAUCAAUUCGACUAUCGCUGAUCUUCUGCGCCGUUUGAUGAUUGAAGAGCAAGAAAUGAUACUCUCUUAUGAAAAUUAUUAUAAUCGAUGUAGUCCAUCAGCAUGUAGUUAUAGUUUUCAAGAGCCGUAUAUGUAUGAAAAAGUGGAAAUAGUUCGAGCAGAAACUCAUUUAGCACAUCUGAUCGGUACUGUUAUCGGAAUUAUCGGUGGUACAAUCGCAAUUUUACAUAUUCUGAUGUCAACUUUAAUAAAACUGAUGAUUUAA